AUGAAGGUAAAGAAAUGUCUCCGCGGGCACCUGCUGCUGCUGGCCACCGUCCUGUCUAUAGUGAUGGGGGUGACUAUCGGGAUGCUGUGCCGUCAGCUGAAACCCUCUGCUGGAACCAUCCUGAUCAUCGGCUUCCCGGGAGAACUGCUCAUGAGAAUGUUGAAGCUGCUCAUCCUCCCCUUGAUAGUUGCCAGUUUAAUCACAGGAAUCGCAAAUUUAGACGGCAAGUCAGCUGGUAAAAUGGGCGUGGUGACGCUGGCCUACUACAUCAGCAAUCUCACCACCGUCGUGGCUCUGGUUGUCGGUCUUACGCUCGUCCUCGCCAUCAGACCGGGAGUAGGCAACACGAUGGCGUCCACCACACAGGAGAGGCUGGAGCAGCUCCACAUCUCUCGCCCAUGGAUGCCUCUCUGGAUCUCCUCAGAAACAUCGUACCUGAGAACAUCGUGCAGGCAGCCAUUCAGCAAACGGGAACGAAAUAUGUUGACAAGGGGAGAACGGGCGUGAAUACGUCCCAUGUCACCCAGGAUCCAGGAAGAAAUACUUCCUAUGAAGAAGCACCGCCCCUAAAUAUGACUCCGCCACAGGCCACAGACAGAGGUACACUGGGAACAGAAGAGUGUAUGUUACAGGGAUGAACACAAUUGGUGAGAGAACAACAUAUUCAACAUAGUUUAUCCAUAGGAUUCAAACAUUGACCUUCAUUCGUGGGUUAUAUUGGGAUGUUUGCCCCUUCAACUAUUUUC